AUGCCAGAGGAACACAAGAAACUAUUGGACGGUUCUGGAGCUGCUCCAGAGGCAGACGAUGCUACUGCCACCGCCAUCUUAAGAAGAAAGAAGAAGGAUAAUAUGCUUCUUGUUGAUGAUGCGGUGAAUGAUGACAAUUCUAUCAUCGCUAUCAAUUCUAACACUAUGGAUCUUUUACAGUUAUUUCGUGGUGACACAGUCCUAGUAAAGGGUAAGAAGAGAAAGGAUACAGUUUUGAUUGUUAUGAUCGACGACGAAUUGGAAGAUGGUGUGUGUAGAGUAAACCGUGUUGUUCGUAACAACUUGAGAAUAAGAUUAGGUGAUUUGGUGACCAUUCACCCAUGCACUGACAUCAAGUAUGCUUCAAGGAUCUCUGUCUUGCCGAUCGCUGAUACCAUUGAAGGUUUGACUGGUAACCUCUUUGACGUGUACUUAAAGCCAUACUUUGUCGAAGCUUACAGACCUGUCAGAAAGGGCGAUCACUUUGUUGUCAGAGGUGGUAUGAGACAAGUAGAAUUUAAGGUUGUAGAUGUGGAACCAGAAGAAUAUGGUGUCGUCGCACAAGACACGAUCAUUCACAGCGAAGGUGAGCCAAUUAACAGAGAAGAUGAAGAAAAUAAUAUCAAUGAAGUCGGCUAUGACGAUAUCGGUGGUUGCCGUAAACAAAUGGCCCAGAUAAGAGAAUUGGUCGAACUACCAUUGAGACACCCUCAAUUGUUCAAAGCCAUCGGUAUUAAGCCUCCAAAGGGUAUUCUAAUGUACGGUCCCCCAGGUACUGGUAAGACGUUGAUGGCUAGAGCUGUCGCAAAUGAAACUGGUGCCUUCUUCUUUUUGAUCAAUGGUCCAGAAGUCAUGUCGAAGAUGGCCGGUGAAUCUGAAUCCAAUCUAAGAAAAGCCUUUGAAGAAGCAGAAAAGAAUGCACCAGCUAUCAUCUUUAUCGAUGAAAUAGAUUCCAUCGCGCCAAAGCGUGACAAGACUAAUGGUGAAGUGGAGAGAAGAGUUGUCUCACAACUUUUGACGUUGAUGGAUGGUAUGAAGGCUAGAUCUAACAUCGUUGUUAUUGCCGCUACCAACAGACCUAAUUCCAUCGAUCCUGCAUUGAGAAGAUUCGGUAGAUUCGAUAGAGAAGUUGAUAUUGGUGUCCCUGAUGUCACUGGUAGAUUGGAAGUUCUACGUAUUCACACAAAGAACAUGAAGUUGGCAGAUGAUGUCGAUCUAGAGAAAUUGGCCGCAGAAACCCACGGUUACGUUGGUGCUGAUAUCGCUUCGCUAUGUUCUGAAGCUGCCAUGCAACAAAUUCGUGAAAAGAUGGACCUAAUCGAUUUAGAUGAAGAUGAAAUCGAUGCCGAAGUCUUGGAUUCUUUGGGUGUUACUAUGGACAACUUCAGAUUCGCAUUGGGUAACUCUAAUCCAUCAGCAUUACGUGAAACUGUUGUCGAAUCCGUCAACGUUACAUGGGAUGACAUUGGUGGUUUGGAUGAUAUCAAGGAAGAAUUAAAGGAAACUGUUGAAUACCCAGUUUUGCAUCCAGACCAAUACACCAAAUUCGGUUUGUCUCCAUCAAAGGGUGUGUUGUUCUACGGUCCACCUGGUACUGGUAAGACUUUGCUAGCAAAGGCUGUUGCUACCGAAGUGUCUGCCAACUUCAUCUCUGUCAAAGGUCCUGAAUUACUAAGUAUGUGGUAUGGUGAAUCUGAGUCAAACAUUCGUGAUAUUUUCGACAAAGCAAGAGCUGCCGCUCCAACUGUCGUCUUCUUGGAUGAAUUAGAUUCCAUUGCUAAAGCCCGUGGUGGAUCCUUGGGCGAUGCUGGUGGUGCCUCUGAUAGAGUGGUCAACCAAUUGUUGACUGAAAUGGAUGGUAUGAAUGCAAAGAAGAACGUUUUCGUCAUUGGUGCCACAAACAGACCUGAUCAAAUCGAUCCUGCUAUUCUAAGACCAGGUAGAUUGGAUCAAUUGAUUUAUGUUCCACUACCAGAUGAAGCUGGAAGACUAUCCAUUCUAACUGCGCAAUUAAGAAAUACACCAUUGGAGCCUGGUCUAGAUCUAAAGGCAAUAGCUCAAGCUACCCAAGGUUUCUCUGGUGCUGAUUUGUCUUAUAUCGUACAGAGAGCUGCCAAGUUUGCUAUCAAAGAUUCCAUUGAAGCUCAAAGACGUGCAGAAGCCAUCAAGAAAGAAAAGGAAGCUGAAGAAGAGGGAACCACAAAAGUUAAGACCGAAGAAGAUGUUGAAAUGUCUGAUGUCCAACAAGAAGACCCUGUACCUUACAUUACAAAGGAACAUUUCACUGAAGCUAUGAAGACAGCUAAGCGUUCUGUUACGGAUACCGAACUACGUCGUUACGAAGCUUACGCUCAACAGAUGAAGGCUUCAAGAGGACAAUUCGGCAACUUCUCAUUUGACGAUGCAUCUGGAGCUGCUCCAGCCCAAACUGGUACUGAGGGCUCAGGUGCGGCAUUCGGAGAGGCUGCUGGUGAAGAUGACGACGAUUUGUACAGCUAG